ACCGCUUGCAUCCGAACAUAUCAUGGAUGUAGAAAAAUACUACCAUCUUACGCGGUAGCUACCAGCCUCAGUCUUCUCCUGCUAAGAACUAGAAUCGUACUUUAGUCAAACAAUACCGCCCACACUAUGCAUAAUUCUCAGCCUAGCAGCCAACCACAAUAUUCAAAACCCCUUCUUUCCCUGGAUCCAUGGGAAAUAUCCCUUCGGCUCUCGGCCGUCGACACCACUGCUACCUUCCGGGACGCCUACAUUAUAUACUGGUUUGAAAAACAACGUUGCGGCAGGCCUGUGGUAUCGAUCACUGCCGGUCAUAAUCUCUUCUAGCGCCGCACGGCGUGCCUCUGUACGAAAGCAGCAGAUGUUGUGGCUUGACUGUCAUAUUUUUAUCUGUAUAAGAAUGCCAUUCUCAUCAUCUGAGCACUUCUUGCAGAGAUGGUCGCUAGUCUUAUUUCUCACACGAGCAGCGGACCCGUGGAGGGAUUCAUUGACACUCAUCCCAUCUCUGAAUUUUCAUCUGCGACUCGGAACCUUGGCCCCCUCAGUCCAAUCAAGAAAUGGCUUGGGAUUCCCUAUGCCCAAGCCCAACGAUGGCAGCGUGCUCAACCUCCUACGUCGUGGACCGAGCCUCUCCAGUGUUUCGAAUUUGGGCCUUCUUUUCCUCAGCCGAUAUCUCCAUUCGAUGAGAUGUACGCUGGAAGGAAAGGGUGGUUCACUAGAGAUUUUCUGGGUCAAUCUGAGGACGCAUUUUCGCUUAAUGUAUUCGCUCCAGCACUCGAACGACCUGCUAAAUUGCCAGUCAUGGUAUGGGUGCAUGGAGGAAAUCUCAAUACCGGAUCGUCCAGUAUGGCCAUUUAUGACCCUUCGCAAUUCGUCCGCGCGCGAUCUUCAAGUGAGACGCCUUGCAUCGUUGUUACAGGAAACUAUAGAGUGAACGCCUUUGGCUGGUUAGCGACUGACGAGCUGGCCGCAGUCAAUGGACACGUCGGAAAUUUUGGUCUUUAUGAUGUUAUUGAGAUCUUGGAAUGGGUACGGACAAACAUAAUGGAGUUUGGGGGGGACCCUAACAACGUGACUGCCUUUGGGGAGUCGGCUGGCGCAUUUCUCCUUGGGACUUUGCUCAAAUCUGGAAGACGACUAUUCAGUCGCUUAAUUCUUCAGUCCGGUACUUAUGGACUAAUGGGUGUCAACCAGAAGCCAGACUUCGUCCCGUAUGACAAGCUCCUUGCCCAAUUCAACCUCAAGUCGACGUCACUUUCUGCGGAAGAUCGAAUCAACCGAUUGAAGACCAUACCUAUGGCCGAAUUUCUUGAAAUCACGCAAGCUUUCUAUCGUCCCGGUAUAUGGUGUCUGACUCAUGAUCCUAAUGAGCCUGGUUGGGCGAAUCCAGUAUGGGAUCUUGUCAGCAAAGGUGAUUAUGAUCCUUGGAUAGAAAGUAUCAUCAUCGGCAUUAACCGCGACGAAGGCACAUUUUUCAAUUACCGUAGCCAAUUCUGGAUUUAUGAAAAUGCGAUGAGGAUGAUCAAAGACAGAAGGGGCUUUGAUAAUGAAACGUGCACACGAUUAUUGGGCAUGUAUUCCCCACAGUACCCUGCUCCUGAUCUUUCCGACCUUCGAACAUUACCAUCAACUGUGGUCUACUCUGACUGCUGCUACUUGACACCUAUGCUCCAUGCAGGAAGCAAACUCACCACGGUUCCAAACUCACGAACCGGUAAACUAGCCCGAGUAUACAUGUAUUUAUGCUGUACACUUCCAUCACGUCUAUUAGAAGGGUACGAACACUUUGGUGUAUUACAUACAGGGGAAAUUCCCUUUAUUUUCAAUCAUUGCUCUAUGUGGGAGGACUUGGAUGAGGGAAAGGAUGCACAAGCUUCUGACACUUUUGGCGAAUUUUGGUCGUCGUUUGCCACUUCAGGAACUCCAGGGAGAGAUUGGCCCAUGUUCACGAUGACUGGUGGGGAGAUUUUGAUAUUCAAAGAUGGAGGAAAUGUUUCGGUGGGUAAUGCAUGGGAAAUUAGGCCUACGGAGCGUCAGGUCUGGAUGGAUGCUACUGAGAAGCACAUUGCGUCCGAGGAGACACUGGUAGAAUAGAUCAGUAUUAUUGAAGGAAGGCUCGGGGCUGGCAAAUAUUACUCUUCUGGAGGAGACAGCUACUGUCUUUCCGUCGAGUAGGUCCUAUUUAUCAGCAGGCCUUCAAGGCUGUCCCGGCCGAAAUAUAUCCG